AUGUCGACUACGAGUGGACCAGUGUCCGUCAACAACACUACUGUCAAACCUAACAAUGAGCGAUACACUCCGGGUACGCAAGUCGCAGUGGGUGCACAUAAGGUGGAAAUUAUAAAAUAUAUUGCAGAAGGUGGGUUUGCUCAGAUAUACGCUGUCAAAUUCAUUGAAUUCUUAAAUGAAUUCGAAAAUAAUAGAAUGAAACCCAAAUUACAAAUGGGGGACGUUGCCUGUUUGAAAAGAGUUCUUGUACAGGAUGAAAAUGGAUUGAAUGAAAUGAGAAAUGAAGUGGAAGUUAUGAAACAAUUGCAAGGCGCACCAAAUAUCGUACAAUAUUAUGAUUCAAAUGCAUCUCGUCGUCAUAAUGGGUUCCCAGGAUUUGAAGUUCUUCUGUUGAUGGAAUUAUGUCCCAAUAAAUCAUUGUUAGAUUACAUGAAUCAAAGACUGGCAACAAAGUUAACGGAAAAGGAAAUCUUGAAGAUUAUGUAUGAUGUCACAUACGCGGUAUCACAAAUGCAUUAUUUGCCCACUCCACUAUUACAUCGUGAUAUUAAGAUUGAAAAUGUCCUAGUGGAUGCUCAAAAUAAUUUCAAAUUAUGUGAUUUUGGCUCUACUUCAACAAAAUUCCCAAUGGUGACAACUCAUCAGGACAUUGCCGUAUUGACUCAAAACAUAUAUGUGCAUACUACCCCACAAUAUAGAUCCCCUGAAAUGAUUGAUCUUUAUAGAUGCUUACCUAUUGAUGAAAAAUCUGAUAUUUGGGCCCUGGGGAUCUUCUUGUAUAAAUUGUUAUUUUUCACCACCCCCUUUGAAUUAACAGGUCAAUUCGCAAUCCUACAUUCCAAAUAUGAAUUCCCAAAAAAUAAUUAUUCUUCAAAAUUAAUUAAUUUAAUCAUAAUCAUGUUGGCAGAAAAUCCAAACUUGAGGCCAAACAUUUAUCAAGUAUUACAUAACAUUUGCUCCAUAUCAGGUAUGAAAGUACCCAUUGAAGAUCAAUAUGCAGAAGGACCAUACGAUUUCGAAAAAUACACUCAUUUCCAAAAUAAAGUACAAAGCGUUCAAUAUCAACUUUAUUUACUACAAGAAAAGAAGUUCAAGACAAAUGGGAAACUACCUCAAGCUGAUAUUAACUUAUUGAAUGAUUUAUUCGUGACAUCCUUUGAUAUCGCCUCGAAAGUACCAUUCGAACUCAAAGUGCCAACCCCAUUACCUGGCUAUUCCGCAGAAAUCCCUGAAAGUAAUUUUGCCAAACAGGAACAACAAUAUGAACCACGUAAUAUCCCUACAGCGGGAGAUUAUCUUAAUGAAAAUAGAAAAUCUUUUACUUCUAAUGAUGCCCUCUCAAGACAUACUUCCAACACUGCAGAUACUUCAAGAGAUAUAGCUACACCAAGUAAUUUUGAAAAAAAGGAGAAUGUUAAUGAAAAGAGCCCAGGGAAACCAAUUGAAAAUACAGAACAAUACUUCCCCACUGUAGGUGAAUUGGAUUAUUAUUUGGAUAAUGAAUUAAAGCAACAACAACAACAACAACAGGUCCAUCAACCACAACAAAUUCCUGUGCAAAAUCAAAACCAACAGCAGCAGCAGCAACAACAACCAAAGCAACUACCAAAUAUGAUACAACAACAAAAUAUACCCGAACAGCAGCAACAACAACAACUAAACACAGAUCGUUAUCAUUUGAAUACAACAGGUAUGGUUCAACGACAAAAGAGUCUUGGCUCAGUCUCCACAGAUGGAAGAUCUGUCGGAAGCAAUAGUCAUGUAACCAAUGCUGAAAAUUUACCUACCGAAUAUACUGCUAAAUCUGAUCUACCUGGUAUGGCCAAGCAACACAAAUCUAACAAUCCGUUCCCAAAGAUGACACAUGCAUUCCAAUCCGCUAAUGAAAAUGUUGGUACAUAUUUUGUUGAUAAUAAUGGAUCUCGCCAACAAGUACAACAAACUGAAGCUAAUAUGUAUACCAACUUGAACACAGAACAACCUCGACAGCCAGCACAACAACCGUAUUACCAGAAACCUGGUGAACCAACUAAUCAACAAGCUCAACAACAGCAGCAGCAGCAGCAAUUUCAGCAGCCACAGCAAAUUAAUCAAAGGAUAAAUGUUGGAGUUUCAUCAUCCAAGAAUCCCAUGAACUUCCAGAAUAUCCCCUCCACUUAUUCUAACGGACAGUUAUCCCAAAACCAGCAACCUAUUUCUUUAGUCCAACAGCAGCAGCAACAACAGACAUUGCCUUCUUUAAAACAGAGAACAAACCAGGGAUUUAUUAUGGUUGAUACUGAUGAUAUACCACCAGUUGUUCCGCCACAUCCACAAACAAAAUCUGGCACCACGCUACCUCCAAGACCUCAAUCACAAAACCCACCAAAGGUACCACCUCAUCCAUCGAAGGAGAAGGAAGAACAACUACUGAUUGAUUUAUCUCCACCUAGAGAUCUUCCGGGAAGAAAACCUCGUGAAUCCACUUCGCCUUUACGACUUGAGGAUGAUACUAGUAGAAUGGCAAGAAGAAGUCUUAGUUUGAAUAAUCCAAAGAGGCAAGUAACGUUGAAUUUAAGUGAUAUGUCGAAUGCGGAAGUUAUGGAGUCUUUUAGCACUGGGGGCGUAGAGAGUAGCGUUGCAUCCACUGAGAGCAUAAAUUUAGAUUUGGAAGAUAUGAAACAUAAGAAGGGAGGACAGGAAGACGAUAAUUUAGCAGAGAUGGUUGCCAGAAGAAGUAUUGAAGAAAGAGAAACUCCUUUGAAUGUUCCCAAGAGAGAAAAUUUAAAGCAAAAGGAUGAGAAUCGAUUGGAGAAUAUCACAGGGAGACGAUCUUUGGAUUUAAGGUACCAAGAAAUAAAUUUUUCACCUGACCUCAGAAAGGAUAAAUCGAAUAGUUCUACCUCUGUACAUCAUAUUUCUAGUAUCCGUGAGGAUGAGAGUGUCAAUGAAGAUGAUAGCGAGUUGACUUUAACUGAGAAUGAAAAGAGGCAACGUCAACAACCACGUCAUCACCAACACACACAUUUUGAUAGUAGUUCUAAUUUAAACAGCAAGGGUGCCAAUAGGUCUUCCAGUAGGGGUAACAUCAGAGGUAAACAAGAUUUAGAAAGCUACAAACACUCGACCAAAAACAAUAGCAACAGCAGUAUUCCCAUAAGUACUACCAAUACAAACGAGAUGAAGAAGUCCUUUGCUAAGGCUCGACAGUCGUUGGACUUGGAAAGAGUUCGUCGUGAGGCUUUGUUGAAUAGCGACAAUGGGAAGAGAAGAUCGAUUUUCUCGAUGUUUAGAGGAGACAAGAAAUGA